AUGUUUUCACGCCUGUUUCUCGCUUCCAUCUUCCUCGCUGCCGUGUUGGCCCAGACUAUAAAGCAAACCGUUGGUACAUGGGAGUACAAGGGAUGCUACAGAGACAUUGGACCUCGUAUUUUGACCUUUAGUUAUACUAUUCCAGAAGGUAACAGCGCGGAGAGUUGUACUACUCUCUGCACCAGCCUGGGUUAUGGACUUGCUGGUCUCGAAUAUGGAACCGAAUGCUGGUGUGACAACUACAUGCCAUACGGCAACUUGAUGCCCGAAAGCCAGUGCAACUUCGUGUGCCCGGGAGACGACACCGAGCUGUGCGGAGCUGGAAAUCGCCUAGUGCUUUAUCAGGAUAGUGCUGCUAUUGUUCCGAGCACGGACAUUUGUAUUACCUGGCGCGACGUCUUUUCGUUCCAGAACAACAUCCUGCAAGCUAUUCCUAAGGCAGGCGGCGCUGUCACAAGGCUGUAUAUGCAUACAUGCCCCGCGGGUUGCCCUUGGACCGAUUAUUACAACUUCGGGCUGAUGAAUGGCAUUUUGACCAGUUACAACUCAAGGCCCUUAGUUCCCAACGUUGGAGACUCUCAAGCCUUCAUUUCCGAGUUUCCACAGACUGCCGUAGGCUACAACGGGUUCUGUGCUAAGCCCAAUCCUAUCUCCCCCACCGGGCCGUUCAUUGGGUACCCUCUUUUUCAUGCCCACUAUACGUUGGCCGCAUGCCGGGAAGUCUAUAUCCAGAUGACACCAUUCGCAUAA